ACCACCAGACUGAGCAGGAGCUGGGAGAAGGGAAGUUUUGCACUCAUCACACUGCAGGCAAAACCUCUUUGCAUAAACCCUACUGACAGGUUGUUAACAUCCUGCAGCAAGUCAUCACUUGAGCCUAACGGUUUGCAGAAAAAAUAAGUGAUACAUGAAACUGAAUAUAAUUAAGUCUUACAUUCUGGACCCUGAUGAGUGAUACACAGGGAGAAGUAGAAGAUGGUGAAUCUCACAGAGAAUGCAACUGAGAAGUGCAGUAUCAAUCAUGAUAUCCAACAGGCAUUAUCUCCUGUGGUAUACAUAUUUGUAUUUAUAGUAGGCUUGCCAGCUAACUGCCUGUCACUGUACUAUGGGUAUUUACAGAUCAAAGCUAAAAAUGAACUGGGCAUCUACCUUUGCAAUUUGACUCUAGCAGACCUGCUCUACGUGCUUUCUUUGCCGUUUUGGCUUCAGUAUGCUUUACAGCAUGACAACUGGACCUACGAUGAGCUGCUGUGUAAAAUCUGUGGCAUCAUUUUGUAUGAGAAUAUCUACAUCAGUGUUGGCUUCCUCUGCUGCAUCUCCAUUGACCGCUAUCUCGCCGUGGUACACCCUUUCCGCUUUCAGCAGUUUCGGACAAUGAAGGCUGCUGCAAUUGUGAGCAUUGUUAUCUGGACCAAAGAAAUAAUGACAUGCUCCUUUGUCUUUACACAUGGGGAGAUCAGUAUGGAUGCUGAGAGCCACGUGGUGUGCUUCGAGCAUUACCCCAUCAAGGAAUGGGAGCACAAUGUCAACUACUACCGCUUCUCUGCUGGCUUCCUGUUCCCCCUCUUUCUGCUGGCCUUCUCGUACUGUGGGAUUUUACGAGUCGUCCACAAGAGUCCUGGCACUCAAAAGAAGAAGAAAAUCCAAAUUAAAAGACUGGUUUCGAGCACUGUGUUCAUAUUUUUAGUAUGCUUUGGACCAUACCACAUCCUACUUGUAGUUCGUAGCUUGUUGGAGAACAACUGCUCAUUUGCCGAGAAAAUAUUUAAUGUUUACCAUAUUUCUCUCCUGUUGACUACUUUCAACUGUGUUGCUGACCCAGUAUUGUACUGUUUUUCCAGUGAAAGCACUUACCAGAACUUUGUCAAGAUGCGAGACUCUUGUCUGACAUGUUUAGGGCAUUUGAGGACUGAGCCAAAGGAAUCCUAUCCACUGAACACUGCGGAAACUCCCAACAGGACACAGCAAGAGCAACAACCAGGGUUAUUACAAAUACCACUUGAUGGUACUGGAAUGAAGGACUCCUCCACAACUAAUAUGGGCAGCCUAUAG